AUGGCGCUGACAACGCCAAGGUGGUGGGUUCAUUUCCGGCAUUAUCCAAUUGGUUUGCUGUUUGAUCUCCAUGCAUCAAAUACAGCCCUGCCUUGGAGCAUCACAGUCCAUUUCAAGAAUUUUCCAGAAAAGGAUCUCCUACAUUGCCAUUCUAAGGAUGUGAUUGAAGCUCAUUUUAUGGCUUGUAUAAAAGAAGCAGAUGCUUUAAAGCACAAAAGUCAAGUCAUCAAUGAGAUGCAAAAAAAGGAUCAUAAGCAACUGUGGAUGGGAUUACAGAAUG